AUGGUUACUGAAGGAAUAAUCACGAAGAGAGUCGUUAGUUCUGAUUUAGCUAGACUGUUCGACCCACUUGGUUUAAUAGCUCCAGUAAUAGUCAAAGCAAAGAUUUUCAUACAACACUUAUGGCAAUUGAAAUUAUCUUGGGAUGAACCACUUCCUACAGAUCUUCGUACAACGUGGUCAACAUUUAGAGAAAAAUUAAGUACUCUUGAAAAUCUUCAGGUGGCAAGACAUAUCUUCAGAGGCGAAGUUCCAUCAUCAACACAGCUACAUAUUUUUGCUGACGCAUCUGAAAAGGCAUUUGGUGCUGCAGCAUAUGUCAGAGCAAUUUUAAAAGAUGGUAGAAUAAUAGUGCGACUGUUAUGUGCAAAGUCAAGAGUAGCACCACUUAAAAAACAAACGCUACCGCGACUAGAACUAUGUGCGGCAGUCCUAGCAGCGGAACUCUCAGCAAGAGUGAAAAGCGAUCUUCAAGAGAAGGACCAGCCGGUAUUUUUGUGGACUGAUCCAGAAAUUGUGUUGUCUUGGAUCAACUCACAGUCCUCAUCAUUUCAAACAUUUGUAGCUAACAGGGUAGCAAGAAUUCAAACUUUAACUCUGUCUGAACAGUGGCGACAUGUUAGGUCAAAGGACAACCCAGCUGAUGUGUUAUCAAGAGGACUUUCAGCAAGGGCGUUGUCAACAUGUGCACUCUGGUUUCAAGGACCGUUCUUUUUGCAUGGAAGGCAGGAAGUAUGGCCACCAAGGUUUUCAUCAUCAUUACAAGUUCCAGUCGAUCUGGAGAAGAAGAAGGUUGUAGCUGUAGCAACUCAAAGCAAUGACGCAGAUUUCAUAUACAGGAUUCAACACAAGAAUUCAUUUAAGACGUUACAAAAGAUAGUAGCAUAUGUUCUUAGAUUCACUAACAACGCAAGAAAAUCAAAGGAGUCACGUGCCACACAUAUAGUACUUAGUGCCAACGAAUUGGAUGCAGCAUUAAUAACUAUAAUAUGUCACAUUCAGGGUAAUGAUUUUCAUGAAGAAAUCAAACAACUAAAGAAACAAGGUCAUGUUGAUAAAUCUAGUUCAAUCAGUAGUUUAUCUCCAUUCAUUGAUAAUGCAAAUGUUCUUAGAGUAGGAGGACGCUUAGAAGCCUCAUCAUUACCAUACGAUUCUAAACACCCAAUGCUGAUCCCAUACAAUGAUCCAUUGGCAAAAUUAUUAUUCGUGAUGUUCCAUGAAGAAAACAAACACUGUGGCCCGCAGGCACUAUUGAGUACAGUCCGACAACGUUUUUGGCCGAUUAAAGGUAAAUCAACAGCCCGAGCAACAGUUCAGCGAUGCAUUCGAUGCAACAAAGCACGUCCGCAACUAUGCCAACAAAUUAUGGGCAAUUUACCAGAAUCAAGAAUAACUCCUGCAAGACCCUUUAUUAAUGCUGGUGUAGAUUAUUGCGGACCAUUUUGGAUCCACUACAAGGUGAGGGGCAAAAAGCCAACAAAGGCAUAUAUUGCUGUCUUUUGUUGCUUUUCUACAAAGGCGGUACAUCUCGAGUUAGUGACCGAUUUAUCAACAAAUGCUUUCAUUGGAGCAUUAAAACGAUUUAUAAGUCGACGAGGACGUUGUUUGAAUAUUUACAGUGAUAACGCAACAAACUUCGUAGACGCCAAAAACCAGUUAGCAGAAUUAGAAGAAAGCAUUUAUUCUAAUAAGGACAAGAAGCAAUAA